AUGAAGUUUCGAUCAGUUAGAGCUAUCCGGCUCGGAACAACCUUUACCCGCGGCCCCGCUGAAAUUCUCCUCGUCGCUCUCCAUCUGCGCCUCCAUGGGAACAGUACCAACAACGGUAAAAAUAAAAUAAAUACAAUGAAAAGAAAGCUCGGAGCCUUGGAAAAGGUCGAUGCCGACUUGACCAAUUUGCAGUACAAGGUGCGCCGCGACCCGGGCUCAUACUUCGACGACCACCAGCAGCAGUACGUUCAAUACGAGACGCAACGAGAUCUUCUCCUCCAGAACCCUUCAACGAGCGACAAUACUGGUGUUGUUCGCCUUGGCGACUUGAUCGACUUCCUUGCGCACACCGCCGACUGCUUCCCCAAAUCUACCACGCAAUUUCAAAACGACCUGAUCCAGAUUAUCUCCCAGCAUCACGAUGAGCUUCAGCCUGAUCUGCGGGAUAAGAUUGUAUCCAACUUGGUCCUUCUGCGCAACAAGGAGAUAAUAGACUCUAGUGUUCUCUUGAACACGCUCUUCCCUAUCCUUGUCUCCACCACUAGCAAGAGUCUCCGCGCACUGCUCUUUCAGAAAAUCAUAUCCGACCUACGCUCCUCAAACUCGAAAGCAACCAACCACCGCUUGAACCGCACGAUCCAAACCGUUCUUUUCAACCUCUUGACUUCAGAUCGCGAGACAACAAAGGGACUCUGGGCCGUCAAGAUCACACGCGAGUUAUGGAAGCGCCAGAUAUGGACCGACGCUAAGGCCGUCGACAUCAUGAAGGAGGCCUGUCUCUCAGAGAACGAAAAGGUCAUGACAGGAGGAACCCGCUUUUUCCUCGGGGGCGACAAAGAGAGAGAAGAAGCGGCCGAAGAGGACAGUGAUUCAGACGGGGAGAUAGAUAUGAACAAGAUGCGUCACCAAGCUGGCAUCAACAAGAAAACGAAGAAGAAGGGCCGCGAGCUCAAGAAGGCAGCCGCCACGGUCAAGCGGAAGGAACGCAAGAAGAAUGCGCCGCAUCCACUCAACUUCUCCGCUCUCCACCUCCUCCACGACCCUCAAGGCUUCGCCGAAACCCUCUUCACCAAGCAUGUGCAAAACUCAAAGUCCAAAAUCGCCCUUGAAUCCAAACUACUUGUUCUGCAACUCGUGUCGCGACUUGUGGGUCUACAUAAACUCACAGUCAUAUCUCUCUACUCGUACCUCCUCAAGCACCUCACUCCCCGUCAAAACUCAGUCACGUCUUUCCUCGCCAUUCUAGCACAAGCCACGCACUCACUUGUACCUCCGGAUGUACUGGAACCACUUGUGCAAAAGAUCGCCAACGAAUUCGUUAGCGAAGCUUCAGCCUCUGAAGUCGCUGCUGCCGGUCUCAACGCAAUUCGCGAAGUAUGCGUCCGGCAACCGCUCGCCAUGAACGACACGCUGCUGCAAGAUUUGGUCAUGUAUCGUAAGAGUAAAGACAAGGGAGUGCAAAUGGCGGCUCGGGGACUGCUCAGUCUCUACCGUGAAGUUGGUGCGGAGCUGCUCAAAAAGCGCGACCGCGGUAAGGACGCGACCAUCGCACUGCGCGCAGGUGACUCAGGCGAUCGACGCUACGGACUUGAAGCCUCUGGCGAGAUCGAAGGUAUCGAUCUCCUCGAGCAAUGGAAGGAAGAAGAGCGUCGCAAGAAGCGCGAAGCUGCAGGCCUACCUGCCGACGCCGCUACCGACGAAGAAGUAGAAGACGAGGCUGCCGACUGGAAGAACUGGGACGUCGAGUCCGACGACAGCGACUCCUCGCAAGGCUGGAUCAACGUCGAAUCUGAUGGCGAAGACAUUGUCCUCUCCGAUUCAGACGACGAAAACACCGACCCCAAGAAACCCGCCGCCAAAAAGGCGAAGCUUUCCAACUCUGCCACCAGAGAAUCUUCCGCCGCCACCACAACCACUAACCCAUCCGAACCAAAACCCCUCUCCAAACUCCUCACAACCACUAUCCUAACCCCCGCCGAUUUGAAACGUCUCAAGGAACUUCAAGCCUCUUCCGCGAUAAAUUCCAACCUCCCCUCGUCUAAGCGUGCCGCCUUCCUCGCGGCGCGUCACGCUGACGAAGCCAUUACGGCUGAAACCAUCGAAGCUGCCGCCGCAAUAGGCCGCAAGUCUACCAAGGAAGAAAAGAUCGCAAUGGCCAAAGGAGACCGCGAAUCGGGCAAGCACUCGUCCACCACGGCGAUCCGCAAAGCCAAGAAGGAGUCGGAAGGCAAGAGCACAACGAAUAAAGAGAAGGCGAGGAAGAAGAACUUCUUGAUGACUUUGGGCAAAGCCAAGGGGAAGAACAAGAGGAGCUUGACGGACAUCAAAAAGACUAUGAAGGGAGAUAUGGAGCGAAGGAAGAGAGGUGGUAAAAGAGGUAACAUCGGGUAG